UCUGGUCAGACAGGUUUGGAGACACAGGUAAAGGGAGGGAGACCGAAAGGAAUACUUGCAGAGCCAGUAGAAGAGCUGGGCAGCUCCUUCCCGGACGCUGGGGACCCUCUACCUCUCUCCAGAUGGAAAGGUGACAUAACUUUGUGGUAGACUUCAGAAGUCAGGUCCCAGGAUGACAGAACCCGAGACCCUGGCCCUGCUGGAAGUGAAGGGGCCUGAGACCCUGGAGAAGAGCCCACCCCAGGCCUUGGUCCCCAAUGGCCGGAAGCUGGAAGGGGAAGACGGGGUUGAGUCCCUUGGAGCUGAGUCCUCUAGAGUGGGGUCUUCAGCUGAGUCUCCCACAGCCAGAGAGGGGACCAAGGACGGUCUAGACAGCACAGUAAGUGAGGCUGCCACUUUGCCUUGGGGAACUGGCCCCCAGCCCAGUGCCCCGUUCCCAGAUCCCCCGGGCUGGAGGAACAUUGAGCCUGAGCCCCCCGAGUCAGAGCCACCCACCAAACUAGAGGAGUUGCCUGAAGAUGAAGCCAGCCUGCUGCCCGAGAAGGCAGCCCGGGCCUUCGUGCCCAUCGACCUACAGUGCAUUGAGCGGCGGCCCCAGGAGGACCUCGUUGUGUGCUGUGAGGCCAGCGAGGGCGAGCACCGCCGGACCUUCCUGCCCCCCCGGGCCACCCACCCUCAGCCCCCGGAGUGCAAGUGGGCCGAAGCAGUGGUGAAGCCGCCUGGCCACUCCUGUGGGGGCUGUGGGGGCUGUGGAGGCCGAGAGGUGCUGAGGGCCGUGGCCUCGGUGGCAGCUGCCCUCAUCCUCUUCCCCUGCCUGCUCUACGGGGCAUACGCCUUCCUGCCCUUCGAUGCCCCACGCCUGCCGACCAUGAGUUCCCGCCUUAUCUACACCUUGCGCUGUGGGGUCUUUGCUACCUUCCCCAUUGUACUGGGGAUCCUGGUGUACGGGCUGAGCCUGCUGUGCUUUUCUGCCCUUCGGCCCUUUGGGGAGCCGCGGCGGGAGGUGGAGAUCCACCGGCGAUAUGUGGCCCAGUCGGUCCAGCUCUUCAUCCUCUACUUCUUCAACCUGGCCGUGCUUUCCACCUACCUGCCUCAAGAUACCCUCAAACUGCUCCCUCUACUCACAGGUCUCUUUGCCAUCUCCCGGCUCAUAUACUGGCUGACCUUCGCUGUGGGCCGCUCCUUCCGAGGCUUUGGCUACGGCCUGACGUUCCUGCCUCUGCUGUCCAUGCUGAUGUGGAACUUCUACUACAUGUUCGUGGUGGAGCCUGAACGCAUGCUCACUGCCUCCGAGAGCCGCCUGGACUACCCUGACCAUGCCCGCUCAGCCUCAGACUACAGGCCCCGCUCCCGGGGCUGAGCUGCCCCACCCGCUUUGCUCCUGGGUGGGAUGAACCCACCUACUGCCCCGACAGCGGUGCCAUCCAAUCAGAGUGUGGGGUGCUCCCCUUCAUCUUAGGAGCCUGGGACAAUUAUGUAGGAGGGACUUAAACAGUCUUUCAGGGAAAGAGGUGGACAGCCAUGUUCCUUAAGAAUGCUGAGGACACGGGACCAGGGGCAGAGGCAUGGUUCCUUCCUUAGCAGCCUCUGCUGCCACCAGGGUCCACAAAGACUGGACCCUGCUGCCCACUCUGCAGCCUCCUGCCUGAGGCAGCCGGCAGAGCACAGCCGAAACUCUGACCUUUUCUGUGCUGGCUGUCUAAGCAGAGGGCCUCCAAGAGACUGGAAACAUUGCCUAUGCCUUAGGUAAAGGCUGGGCAUCACAUCAAAUAGGACUUUCCUGUUUGGUGAAAAUCCUUUUGGGGACCUGGGUUCAGGACCCUCCAUGACUGGCCUUCCUAGGCCCUUUAGCCUCAGCCAAGUCAGUUACAGCUGCUCCAGCCCAGAGUGGCUGACUCCUCUCUUCCAACCCUUUAGGUCCCUGUAACUUUGCACCUCCAAAGUGCCCAGUCAUCUCUCUCCUGUGGGAAGAGGAGCAGACAGGGAAACCUGCUUCCUAAGAGGUGUGUGUGUGUGUGUGUGUAUGUGCAUGCAUGCCCACACGUGUGGUGGCUGGGAGUGGUUGGAAAGCAUGGUGGUUGAUGUUAAACCCGUCUGAAUGUGUAUAUAAUAAUAAAUGAUUAAUACCACAG